GCCGAGCCGGGCCCGCCGCCCUCAGCCCGCCAUGGCCGAGCCUGCGGCCUCUUCCAGCUCCGGCGCGUCGCUGCCGCUCAUUGAAUCAGAGCUUUACUUCCUCAUCGCCCGGUUCCUGAGCACCGGGCCCUGCCGGAGAGCGCUGAAGGUGCUGGUGCAGGAGCUGGAGCAGCACCAGUUGCUUCCCAAAAGGUUGGAUUGGCAAGGAAAUGAGCAUUAUAGGAGUUAUGAAGAAUUGGUGCUGUCCAACAAACACGUGGCUCCAGAUCAUUUAUUACAAAUUUGCAAACGUAUUGGCCCUAUCCUGGAUAAGGAGAUCCCACCCAGCAUUUCCAGAGUCAAUUCCUUACUUGGGGCAGGCAGACAGUCCUUGCUACGGACAGCAAAAGAUUGCAGGAACACUGUUUGGAAGGGCUCUGCAUUUGCUGCUCUGCAUCGAGGCAGACCCCCUGAAAUGCCUGUGAACUAUGGCACCCCCCCAAACCUUGUGGAGGUGCAUCGAGCAAAGCAAUUGACUGGAUAUGCCAAGUUCAGCACCUCAUUCCCAGGGACUAUGUACCAGCAUGUCAAGAUGCACAGGAGGAUCCUUGGCCAUCUCUCUUCUGUGUAUUGUGUUGCAUUUGACAGGACUGGACACAGAAUAUUUACUGGCUCAGAUGACUGUCUGGUGAAGAUCUGGUCCACCCACAAUGGCAGAUUAUUUGCCACCUUACGAGGACAUUCAGCAGAGAUCUCUGACAUGGCUGUGAACUAUGAGAACACCAUGAUUGCAGCUGGCAGCUGUGACAAGAUGAUCAGAGUCUGGUGUCUGAGGACUUGUGCACCAGUUGCUGUCCUCCAUGGGCACACAGGGUCCAUUACCUCACUGCAGUUCAGUCCCAUGGUGAAAGGCUCCCUGAGGUACAUGGUCUCCACUGGGGCUGAUGGAACUGUUUGCUUUUGGCAGUGGGAUACAGAUUCCAUGAAAUUCAACACCAAGCCAGUGAAGUUCACAGAGAAGCCCAGGCCAGGGGUUCAGAUGCUUUGUUCUUCCUUCAGUGUGGGUGGGAUGUUUUUAGCAACUGGCAGCACUGACCACGUCAUCAGGAUGUAUUUUUUUGGCUCUGAAACACCUGAGAAAAUAGCAGAAUUGGAAAGUCAUGCUGACAAAGUUGACAGCAUUCAGUUUUCUAAUGGUGGGGACAGGUUCAUUAGUGGCAGCAGAGAUGGGACAGCUCGGAUCUGGCGUUUCGAGCAGGCAGAGUGGAGGAGCAUUUUGUUGGAUAUGUCUGAUCGACUGCUGGGUGACACUUGUGCAGAAGAAGACAAAUUCAUGAAGCCUAAAGUAACCAUGAUAGCUUGGAACCAAAAUGACAACUAUGUUGUUACAGCUGUGAAUAAUCACCUGCUCAAAGUUUGGAAUUCCAGCACAGGGCAGUUGCUCCAUGACUUGGUGGGCCAUGCAGAUGAGGUGUUUGUCUUGGAGACCCAUCCCUUUGAUUGCAGGAUAAUGCUGUCUGCAGGCCAUGAUGGCAACAUCUUCAUCUGGGACAUCACCAAAGGCACCAAAACAAAGCAUUAUUUUAACAUGAUUGAAGGCCAGGGACAUGGAGCUGUUUUUGACUGUAAAUUUUCACCUGAUGGGCAGCAUUUUGCAUGCACAGAUUCUCAUGGGCAUCUGCUGAUAUUUGGCUUUGGCUGUAGCAGGCCUUAUGAAAAGAUCCCUGAUCAGAUGUUCUUCCACACUGACUACCGGCCGCUGAUCCGAGACUCCAACAACUACGUGCUGGAUGAGCAGACCCAGCAGGCCCCUCACCUCAUGCCCCCUCCCUUCCUAGUGGAUGUGGAUGGAAACCCUCAUCCCACUAAAUAUCAAAGAUUGGUGCCAGGAAGAGAGAAUUGUGCAGAUGAACAUUUGAUUCCUCAGCUUGGAUAUGUAGCAACAAGUGAUGGAGAAGUUGUUGAGCAGGUGAUUGGCCAGCAGACAGUUGACCAGGAUGAGCCAGGCUUGGAGCCCAGCAUUCUGGAUGGGAUGAUCAGACAGCUGCAGCUGGAACAGGAUCAGAGAACUGGAGCUGAUCAAGAAUCUGCUCCAAGUGGCCCCCAAAAUGGGGAGGGAACACCCAGGAGAGCUUUCAGAAGGCCAAGUCUGGACAUCCAGUCCCCGCCCAACAUCGGGCUGCGGCGCAGCGGGCAGGUGGAGGGCGUGCGGCAGAUGCACCAGAACGCCCCCCGCAGCCAGAUGGCCACCGAGAGGGACCUGCAGGCCUGGAGGCGCAGGGUGGUGGUGCCUGAGAUCCCCCCCAGCUUGCUCAGGAAACAGGAAGAAUAUCGGAUUGCAAAAGGGGAAGAAGAGAGAGAUCUUUAUGCAACAGAGAAUAAGAAGUCAUUUGAGUCACUGGAAAAGAGUGACUCUGAGUCGUCAUUAAUCCAGUCAAAGCGUCGACUGCACAGACGGAAAUAUUCCAACUACAGAACGCGGAAAAACAUUGAGCAGCUGGAGUCUUCUGAGGAGGACAGGGACAACUGCUUUGGCUUGAUAGAGCAGGAAGCUGAAGAAAGUGAGGGUUCUGGUUCAUCUGAUGAAGAGGAAGAGUGGAGAAGUGACAAGAAAAGCAACAGUAAUAGUUCUAGCGACUCCUCGAGCCGAUACUCGGACUGGAUCGCGGACGCGGGCAUCAACCUGCAGCCGCCGGUGCGCAGCUCGCGCAGGAACGCGCUGCGCUACUGCAGCACCUCCGAGGACGACGUGUCCGCCGAGAAAUCCUCUCCUCCCAAGAGGAGAAGGAGGAAGAGGAGGAAAAAACCCAAGCCUAAAAAGCAGGAAGAGGCUGAUGCUGCAGCACAACCCCUGAACUUGGAGCUGUCCUAUGACUGGCACCCUCCAGUGUGGAUCACAGACACGGCUCUGCGAAGGUCCCCCUUUGUCCCUCAGAUGGGGGACGAGGUGAUAUAUUUCCGACAAGGGCACGAAGCUUACAUUGAAGCAGUGAGGAGAAAUAACAUUUAUGAACUGAAUCCACACAAGGAGCCUUGGAGAAAGGUGGUGCUUAGGGAUCAGGAAUUGGUAAAAAUCGUUGGAAUCAGAUACGAGGUCGGUCCUCCCACGCUGUGUUGCCUCAAGCUUGCCUUUAUAGAUCAUGCCACGGGGAAACACACAGACAAAUCAUUUUCCAUCAGAUACCACGACAUGCCCGACGUCAUCGACUUCCUCAUCUUACGUCAGUUCUACGACGAAGCCCGGCAGAGGAACUGGCAGGCCUCCGACAGGUUCCGCUCCAUUAUUGACGAUGCCUGGUGGUUUGGGACAGUGCUGGGUCAGGAGCCUUACCAGCCUCAGUAUCCAGACAGUCACUUCCAGUGCUACAGUGUCAAAUGGGACAAUGGUGAAAUUGAAAAGCUGAGCCCGUGGGACAUGGAACCAGUCCCUGAUAAUGUUGAUCAGCCUGAGGAGUUAGGAGCAAGUGUCUCUGUGACUUUGGAGGAGGUGGAGAAGCUGCUGUACAAACCCCAGGAGGGGGAGUGGGGGAUGAAGUCCCGUGAUGAGGCCUGUGAGCGGAUUAUCCGUGGCAUUGAUCAGCUCAUGACUCUUGACAUCUCAGCAGCUUUUGCUGGCCCCGUGGACCUGUGCACGUACCCCAAGUACUGCACGGUGAUCGCGUACCCCACGGACCUGAACACCAUCCGCACCCGCCUGGCCAACCGCUUCUACAGGAGAAUUUCAGCAUUGGUUUGGGAAGUCAGAUACAUUGAAAGCAAUGCCAGAACCUUCAAUGAGCCUGGGAGUGCUAUUGCCAGAGCUGCAAAAAAAAUCACCACUCAGCUCCUGAAGUUUAUCAAUGACCAGGACUGUACAAAUAUUUUUGAAUUAUGUAGCACAACAGAUGAUGAGCAAGAUUGUCAUGAUGCUGAUCUGGAUGAUGAAAAAUGUGUUCCAAGAACAUCAUACAGAAGAAGAAAAGGACGGGGUUUAAAAAAAGGGAAAAACCUGAAAAGUGGCUAUGAUGAAAACUGUUGGAAGAAGCAGUGCAUGGAACUGGUGAAUUUAAUUUUCCAGUGUGAGGAUUCUGAACCUUUCAGGCAGCCAGUUGAUUUGGAUCAAUAUCCUGAUUACAGACAUAUUAUAGACACUCCAAUGGAUUUUGGUACAGUGAAGGAAACCCUGGAAGCUGGGAAUUAUGACACUCCAAUGGAACUGUGCAAAGAUAUCAGACUGAUAUUCAGUAAUGCAAAAUCUUAUACUCCAAACAAAAAGUCAAAGAUUUACAGUAUGACCUUGAGGUUGUCAGCGCUGUUUGAAGAGAAAAUCCGAAGAAUUGUUUCAGAUUUCAAAAAUGGGCAGAAACAGAAUGAGAAGCUAAGGAGAAACCAGAGGUACACGAGAAGAUUCAAUAAUCAAAGCUCAGUGCAGCAGCCCACCAAAAUGCUCAGAAAUCUGAAGCAGAAACCACUCAAGUCUCAGGCCAAACUUGAAUCUGAGCAGGAAGAUGCUUUUCCUCAGCCUACCUCAAGCAGAGCUGCCUGUGUCACAAGCCAUAAACCCAGCCCUGGCUCCUACCACCAGAGUUCCUCAGGAGAAUCCUCAGACUCUGCCUGCCUGGCAUCCUUUGAGAGGAAUGGGAAGGCCAGGUCCACACCACUGACCAAUUGUUCUGCUUUAUCAUCAGAGAGUGAAAUAGAAGGUUCUGGGGUUUCUUCAUCUUCUUCCUCUUCAUCUUCAUCCUCCUCAAGCAGCUCAGAAGACAGCAAAGGCUGUGCUGGGGCUCCUGUGUCCCCCUCUGCCCUGCACAACGGGGUGUGCAGGAGGAACAGCAGUCGCAGGCUGACUCGGAACCGAGCUGCUCCGAGGAAACAGACAGGAACGCUCCUGCAGGAGAACGGGAAUACAAGGAAAACAGUCAGGAAAAAGUUAUAUGGAAGUGACUCUGAAAAUACUUCAGCAAUGGCAUCUGAGUCCCUGAGCAACAGCAAGGGCAGGCACAGGAAAACCCCCCGCAGGAGUGCUGCUGUGGCUGCCAACAAGCUGAGGCUGAUGAGUGAUGUGGAGGAAGAGGUGUCGAGCUCGGAGAGCAUCGGGAUCUGCAGGAACAGGAAGCUGCCGCACCGCAACGCCUCGGCCGCCGCCAGGAGGAUGCUGCUGGAAGGCUCCGAGGAUGAGGCAGGCCUGAAGUCUGAGAGUGACAAAGAAAUGGAAGAGCAGCUCACCAAGAGGAAAGCUCUUCCUCAGCCUGGCUGCUCUGCUCCACGAAGGAAAUUUGUCAGCGAAUCUGAGAAUGGAAGUUCGGAUUCUGAGCCCGACACGCAGAGCAAGCAGAAGAGCUGGCAGAGCAACGGGCACAAACAGCUCCGGGGCCCUGGCUGCUCUGUGUCUCCCAAAGUGAAAAGUCCCACCUUAGACUUCUCAGAGGAGGACUCCAAAAGCCAUAAUUCUGAGGAUGGGGGCAGCCAAAAGGUUUCAGAGCAGUCAACACCUGCCCAUCACAAGCCUGCAGUGAGCAAUUCUGAGGAUGAGGCGGACUCUGAGUCGGACAGGUGGAACGGCAGGAAAGCCUCUGGGCUGCAGCUGUCUCCUCCUUUAAAAAAAGCAAAGGUCUUGAGUGAUCUGGAGGACACAGCAGAAUCUGAAGCAGAAACCAGAGAGGAGGAGAAGAGUUUUGUGUGGGAGAGCUUGGUGCCCACUAAGAUUGUGAGGAGUUCCAAAUCUGGAGCUGCCUCCAGCUUCCAUCGCUCUUCUGAUUCAGACUCGGAGAGCGAUUCCAAUAACAGCAAUUACUGUGAAACUUCUGCAAAAGCAAAGAUGAGGAAGAGGAAAGGAAAAACAAAAAUAGUUAAAAAAGAGCAAACAUCAGAGGAGGCCAGCCAGAGUGCCAAGGUGCUGCGGAGCAGGACGUGCAUCAUCAACUACAAGAAGCACAUCAGGGUGUGCAGCGUGGGGGAGAAGAAGAACCCCCGCAGGUGCGCCACGCUGGCAGCCAGCAAGAUCAAGAUCAUGAGCGAUGCCAAGGAGGAAUUAUCCAGCUCAGAGAGUGUUUACCCAGCCAGGAGGAACCGCAGGCAGCUCCAGGGCAGCGCGUCCUCAGCCUGCAGGAAGAAGCUGUUCAACAGCUCGGAGGUGGAGGCUUGUUCCAAGUCUGAAAAUGAGAGCGAGCGGGUUCCUGGCAGGAAAAAACCUUCCUGCUCUGAAUCUGCUGUUUCUAAAAGGAAAUAUAUUAUUGAGUCUGAGAAUGAAAGGACUGACUCGGAGACAGAGACUCAGCAGCAGAGCGAUAACCACGUGCAGCCACACGAACCCCUCUGUGCUGCAGCUCUGAAUAAUUUUGACUACGACUCCUCGGAGGAGAAUUCCACAAACCACAGGGUAGAAAAUGGGGGAAACUGGGGAAUUUCUAGGCAGGCAGCUUCAGCCCACAACCAUUGUACGAGUAACUCCGAAGAGGAGGUAGAUUCUGACUUAGCUAAACUUGAAACUAAAAAUACCAGAGUAGCAGCAAAUAAAAAACCCAGAGCUUCUUUCAAGAGAUUAAAACGGGUGGAUGACUUCAAAGAAACGACAGAAUCCAAAACUGGGGGGAAAAAAGAGGAGAAAAGCUCUGUCUCCGAGGAUGUGGAAGCACCUGGGACUGCAGGAAGCUCCAAAACCAGCUUGCCCUGUUUCUCCUCGGACUCUGGAACCGACACCACCAUCUGCAGCGACGCCACGGAAACCAGGAAGCGCAAGAGGAGAUGCAAAGGCAGCAGGAGAGAAACCCUGAACCACGACUCCCUGAAGCCUUGCAGGAGGAGGCCGCAGCGCAGGAAGCGGCGGAAAGGCAGCCAGGAGCAGGACUCGGAGGAGCUGGAGUUCAGCCAGGCCCAGCGGCGGCAGCGGCGCUCCAAGAUCCGCACGCGCAACGGCGGCCGGCGCACCGUGCGCUACCACGACGACGAUGACGACAGAGCCCUCGAGGAGGCCGCCUGCGAAACGUAACCUUAACUAAAGGAUAGCCA